GGGCACGAGGAGCAGGAGGAGGAGGAGGAGGAGGAGGAGGAGACCCGAGCCCGGAGCGGCGGCUAAGCAAGGGACUGAGUUCCGAAAGGGCACCUCUGGAUUAACAGCGCGCCGAGAUUUGGGUUCCUUCCCCCCAGCCUCAACCUCUUCCUUAUUUUAUUUUUUGGGGGGUGCCUUGCAGGCUCUGCAAUAAACUGCUUUGGAAGGUCAAGAUGUUUAAAAAAAUAUUAUGGAUGUGUUGGACCUUGGCCAUCGCACAUGCGCUUCGCAAAGUUAAAGUAGAAAAAAGCCCACCAGUGAAGGGCUUGCUUGCUGGAAGAGCUGUCCUCCCAUGCUUCUUUUCGACCUUGCCAACUCUGCCUCCUAGUUACUACAACACCGCUGAAUUUCUCCGGAUUAAGUGGUCGAAGAUUGAACAGGACAAAGGUGGAAAAGAUUUAAGAGAAACCACAGUAUUAGUGGCCCAGAAUGGGAAUAUCAAGAUAGGGCAAGGCUAUAGAGGGAGAGUGUCGGUUCCAACCCAUCCAGAAGACAUUGGAGAUGCAUCAUUGACUAUGGUGAAAUUGCGGGCAAGUGAUGCUGGGGUUUACCGCUGUGAUGUUAUGUAUGGAAUUGAAGAUACUCAAGACAUUGUCUCACUGGCUGUUGAUGGUGUUGUGUUUCAUUAUCGUGCAGCGUCUAGUAGGUACACCCUGAAUUUCAAGCAGGCUCAGAAGGUUUGUUUGGAGAAUGGUGCUGUAAUAGCGAACGCUGAUCAGCUCAAAGCUGCAUAUGAGGAUGGAUUUGAGCAAUGUGAUGCUGGCUGGCUGGCUGACCAGACUGUUAGAUAUCCCAUCAGACAACCUAGAGUUGGCUGCUACGGAGACAUGAUGGGAAAGGAAGGAGUCAGAUCCUAUGGGCGUCGUCUUCCCAAUGAAACUUAUGAUGCCUAUUGCUAUGUGGGAAGCUUAAAAGGUGAUGUCUUCCACAUAACUGCUCCGAAUAAGCUAACCUUCGAAGAAGCCAAAAGUCAAUGUGAGGCACAAGAUGCGGUUCUUGCGUCUGUUGGUGACCUGCAUGCCGCCUGGAGGAAUGGCUUUGACCAGUGUGACUAUGGCUGGCUGGCUGAUGGCAGUGUGCGUUAUCCAGUGUCUGUGGCAAGAAUCCAGUGUGGCGGAGGUUUACUUGGAGUGCGCACACUAUAUCGCUAUGAGAAUCAAACAGGCUUUCCUUAUCCAGACAGCAGAUUUGAUGCCUACUGCUUUCAACAUAAGAAUGUGUCUGAUGCUACAUCUGUUGAACUAAAUAUAUCUGUGGAAAAUGGAUCGUCUAACUUAUUAACUGAACUGAAGAUAAUACCCCCUAAAGAUGCAUUUCAUCCCCACAUCUCUUCAGUCGCACCAGGAGUGACUAAAGCAAAACAGAAAGAGAAGGUACCUGAAAUAAUUACUUUACCCACUAUUCUACCUCAGACUGUUGCAGAAUUUUCUGAUUCAUCAAAAUUGAGAGAAUCAGAUACUGUACUGAAUGACCUAGUAAUAGUCACACCUACAGAAAGUGUCUUUGACCACAGUGAAGAAAUUUCUGAAAGUCAGACUGAACAAAUAGAGGUGGCACCAAUAAGAACUUCUGUAGAUGCUCUACUGAAAAGCAACUUUAGUCAACCUGUGGAAACAGGAACUUCUGUUACACCAACAAAAGAAGGAACACAUCUUGCCAUCAAGCCCACAAAACAAUCAAUGGAAGUAAAAAGUGACACAAAACUCACAACAGUUCUCAUUCCCAAAGAGGAGCUCACUGAUGACAAUGGGGCUGUGAUGCCUGAUGAAUGGCUGGAAACUUCCAGCACUGAUCCAGAAUUAAAGGUAGUGAAAGAGCCCAAGCUAUUCUUAGAUAAGAAUGCUACAUCUAUCAUUCAAACAGAACCCAGUAGUCGAGAUCAAGAUACGGAGAAACCAGCUACUGUCUCAGACUCUGCAGCAGGGGCAACAAAGUUUUCUCUGACACCUGAACAUGACCAGACUGCUGAAGGAUCUGCAUAUGAAGAGAAAUACGCAGUUACAGAAGCUUUGGGUCCAAUUAUGAAAAUAGCUACAUAUGAAACCAGCACAAAGUUUCCUGGAAUGGAUGUUGUCACUGCACAAAAGCUAACUACUAGUAUGGUGUUGCCCACAAAGCCGAGCCCGGAGAGUGAAGAUGGAGUCCCCACAAUCAAAUUUAAAGAAACCUUUUCUACAAAAGCUGUUACGCAUGUCCCUGAAGAAUCUACUGAUAUGGGAAAAGCAAAGGCUGUCACGACUCAUAGCCCAGAAGGUUCCGGAACAACAGAAGACAUCCUAGGAACAGAGUCUGUUUUAUUUUCUGCCCCUGCAACAAGUAAACCAACAGUGAUAAGUGGCAUAGCCACAACUACUUUUGCUGCAGUAGACAAAAUCCUACCUACUUCAGCAUCCAAAUCUUUAAUUACCAAAACACAGCCACCUUUGAUGGAAUGGGAACCUGAUGAAGAUGCAGGCAUAGACGUACUAAUAAUUGAUGAAUCCAUUUCUCCCAUUAAAACCACCACUGAUGAUGAUUUUGCAGGCAAGAAGGCAGAGCCAGAAAUUGAUACAGAAUAUUUUACAUCAUCCAGUGUUACUGCAGUUGCACAGCCAACAGGAUCACCCACGGAGGUGUUAGAGUCCCAAGAAAAGCCUCCUACUUCAGAUGAAGUAGGGUUUGAAAACAAAGCUGACAUAAAAGUAAUUGUUGUUAGUAUCGCAGGCAAUGAUACAGAUACAUUACAUGGAGUUUGGAACAUCUUGGGCUACCCAGUUCAUUCAGAUGAAGUAGAUGAAUCCCCUACAGAUUCUGAACCAACACAUGAUGAACCCUGCACAGCAACCCCUGAGGAAGAGUCUUCAGAAUUCAUAAUUGUAGACCCUUUCUACCCAUUUGUUGAGGAGGAGGAGGAAGACUGUGAGAAUACUACUGAUGUCACAACUCCCCCAGCUUUGCAGUUUAUCAAUGGAAAGCACCAGGUGACUACUGCACCAAGGGAUACAAAAGCUGAAGAAGCAAGGAGUGACCAGAUUGAAAGCUUAGCACACUCCAAAAAUGUUACCUUUUCACACAUCAAUGAUACUAACUUGAUUUCUGAGAAUGAGGUCUCUACUCCAAAGCAGCCAAAUGAAUCCACUGAAGUGAUAGGAGAAACUGUAGUUACACAAAAGCUAAUGUCAGAGCUUACCAUGACAGAACUUAUUUCUAGUGGGGAUUCAGAUGUUUCUGUUAGAGAUAAAAUCUUUGAAAUAACAUCUCUGCAUAGCGAGUCCUCAGACACAACAGAAAAAUCAACACAAUCUGGUACAGAUUUUAAUGAAAUCUUAAGUAAACACCAUCACAUUUUCUCUUUAAUUAGUUCAGAACACUCAGGAGAUUUCACUACCAAGACUGAUUUAAACACACAUGCCUUUUCACAUACAACCGAGACAACUCCAAAAGAAGAUUCUAAAACAUUUUCUUCUACAAGUUUUGCUUCAAGUUGGAUACAUCCUUAUAUCACUGUACCCCCAGGCAGGGAAGAAAACACAGUGUCAGAAAAUGAUGUUUCUAUUCUACAGGAUGGGUAUAAAUCAACAAUUAAAUCUGAUAUACUUCCUUCUGCUGAAAGUUUAUUGGAAAGAACUAGAACUCCUAUUUCACUCUAUGUACCAGAAGGCUCUGGAAAUACUCAAGAGAAUGCUGAAUCUACCAGUGAAUCUGAAUCUACAAUAAAAACAGCAGGGACAGAAAAAAUUCAUGUCCAGGAAAUUUUCUCAGAUGCUGACAAGCAAAUUCCUACCAAAACUACCCCAAGUUUCUCACAGCCUCCUAAUUUAUUGUAUAAGGAGACUAGUUCUACACUUAAACAAAGUUACAUAGAAGCUACUACUACCCAGUCUUUUACUGAAUUAAUUUUAAGCUCUAUGAAAAAUACAUCAGAAGCAGAGGAGAAUAUAGAAGAGGUUGAAAGUACCAUUUCCUCAGCUAAUGAAUAUUCAACUACUGUUCAGACUGAAAAUUUGUUGUUUAGUAAUGACUCUGCAAGCUUUAGUAAUGAUAUCGGAGUGGUAAACCAAGAAUCCAUAAUCACAUCAGGGACAGAUGUUCCAUCUCUUAAAACUGAGGAGGCCACAGAAAAGAGACUGCCCAUAGAUGAAGAAUCUGGGGAUGGGUCUACAGAUGCUUGGAUGUAUCCUGGCAGAGACAUACUUUGGGGGGGUCCCACAAGUAAAGUGGUAAGUACUGACUCCUCAUUUAUAGAUCCAGGCUCUGGAGAAGUUGAUGUGACUCAAGCUACUACAUUCACUUCAUUCUCAUUGCAGUCCGGACCUCAAAGCACUGAGAAACAAGUACAGGAGAUAGACACCCUUAGCAGGGAUGUAUCACUUUUGAAAUACUCAGUAACGGUUGAGCCUACAAUGCCAGUGCUGGAUACUGAAUCACAUGGGGAGGGGAUGGAAACCAGAACAGAAAGUGAAGUACCAAAGAAUGUAACUGAUCACCAAGGAGCACUACAAGAAUUAGGCACAGUCGUAUUGUCAGUUAGUGAAAAGUCUAUUGGAGAAUCUGCUGAAGAAGUGAUAAUAUCUUCUACAGCAAAAGAAGAAAACAUGGACUUAUUUGAGACUUCUGGUGUGACAGCAUCUGUUGAAUCUUCAACACACUUUGCCCCUGACAUCAUUGUGACUGAUGGCAUCAAAAGCAUAAAGCCAGUAACUGAAUUAAGUGAAAGUAGAAGCACUGUAAUAAUUUCUCCCAGUGUUCCUACAGUAUUGAAAGAUAGCAUGGUCUCACAAGAAGAAGGCUCUCCAUUUAUGAUAAAUGAUACAAUAAACUCUGCUCAACCAGAAAGCACAACUCAUCUUUCUCCAACCACUUUUGCAGAGAAACUUGAGCUUGCAGAUGUGGGUUCUGGAGGGGAAUCAAAAGAUGGCAAAAGUGGUAUAGCACUAGUGCCUCAUGGUCCAUCAGAAAGAGUAAUUAAUACUGAACUCCCAUUUAUUGAAGAUGGUUCUGGAGACAAGGGCUCUUUUACAGAUCCUCUGAUACAAACCACAGUUCCAUCACAAUUACUGGUAGAAAUGCCUGGAACUCAGACAGUAAAAGAUGAAAACCAACACAGCAGCAUGACAUCUAGGUAUCAGGUGUAUACAGAUGCACCUGCAAAGUUAGACAUAGGUAGUACCUCUACGAUCACCUUAACAAAUACAGGGAUUAGAAGAAAGGUACCAAAUAUGGAUCAGGAAACACUUGCUGAAUUGGAAACAAGAGGUUUACCUACAAUUCUUCCUUUAGAACAUGAAGUGAAUUCUGAUAAUGAAGGUGCAGCUGAAAUAUCAGGGGAUAUGGUACAGACACCUGACGUGGUAAGACAAUAUUUUGUAAAAGGUACAGAAUCUAUAACUAAACAAGCUGAGAUUUUAAGUGGAUCUACAUUUUCUCCAUAUGUAGAAGAAAUAACAUUUCAAGUUACAUCUGAUACUGAAUCAUAUAGUAAAACCCUCACAACAGAAUCUGAAACAUUUCAAAACAAAGCUGUAAGUACUUCAUCAACGAUUGCAGAGAAAGAAGAAUGGUUGGUAGAAAAUGUUCAUCCUACUGAAGAUAGCCACAAACCUCUUUCUGUUUCUACACCGUAUGAGCCAACAAGCAUGCCAAUCAUUAAUGCUCCCUUUUUUUCAGAACAAGGUUCUGGAGAUGUGUUAUUCACAGAUCAAUCAGCCAUUGUACAUGCAAGUUCUACUACAGUAAAAGAAAGCACAAGCACAUUCAAUUAUGAUAUUCUUCAUCCUAAGAGUUCAGAAGCCACAUUUGCAGUGGAAGGAAUUAAAGAAUUUGACAGACACACAUCUGACUCAAGUGACGAUUCAGACAAUGAAAUCCAAUAUCCACAUACUGUAGCAGAUGCAUUUUCUGCAACAAGUCACAAAACAGUAACUACUGCAUCUACCCUGGAUGUGUGGGUCACUGACACUGAAGCAUCCACCAUAAAGCAGCUUGUUUCUGAACAUUAUUCCAAACAAGAAAAUAGCAGUCAAGAGGAAGAAAAGAUAACAUCAUCAACAGCAGCUGUCACUGAUAGAAUUUCCCAAGGGCAAGCCUCACAUGUGAUGAAGCAUGAAGAUACAACUCCUGUUUCUGAAUUAUUCACAGGAAAGCCUACUCCUAGAACAGUUAAAGCACCUGCAACCACCUCAGAACCCAAUAUGCUGACUGUAAAAUAUCAUGAAGGUUCUGGGGAAGGUUCUGGUUGGCUGGACAUUGCAGGAAAACAUUCGGAAUCACCUACCCAGUUGCCAGAAAGGGAACAAUCAUUUGCAUCUCAGAGCUCAGGUGAAAAGAAUUCAGAGGUCAUGAAACCAGAUCUAGCAGUGAAUGGAACGCAGAUGGUGCCAGUAUCAUCACCCAUCUUUAGAGAAGAAAAGCAAACGCGACCAACUUCAGAGAGUGACUUUUCAGAGACAUUUGCAGAUGAAAGUUCCACAAACAGCUUAAAAGACUAUGAAGAACUUAUACCAAUUAUUGAUGAAAAAAGGAAUUAUUCUGGAGAUAAACCAAGCCUUAUUGAUGUAAUUGGAGAAGGCCAUGGAAUAAUAUCUGAUGAAACAACCAUUAUAGAUGUUGAUAACCUGAAGUCAGAUAUUGAAGAUAUAAGUGGCCAAAUGACUGUGAGUCCCGAAAGCUACUCAGAGUAUGGUAUUUAUACUUUAACCAUGGAAAUUCAGCAUACAACACCUGACAAUACUUUAACUGAUGAUAAAUCUGACAGUUUUGGAGACGGAAGUUCUGGAACAAGUCAAGUCAUAUACAGUGAACCCACAAUAUCUGAAAAGUCAGUAACAGCAGAUGACACAGGCUCAGGAGAUGCCAUACUUCCCACAGCAGAUACCACCAUCUCUCAAGAGGUUCCUAAAACAGCCACUUUCCUUCCAACCACACCACUUUUCAUCAGCCCUAUGAUAUCUUUUCCCAUCAGUUCCAAAGCUGAUGAAAAGGACAAAGAACUAGAGUUUGAAACUAAACAUACAGAAUCUACAAAGACAAUAGAAGACAACUUUGAAUUACAAACAUUGUCAGACAAUCAAACAAUGAUCGAGGAAAGAAAAUUGGAUUCCACCACCAGCACUUUGGUCAAAGAGCAAGUAGAAAUGCAUGAAAAAGAGUAUGUUGCUCCUUCCCCUACAACACCACAGCUACCUGUUAAAAUAGAUCAAGCUUCGACAACACACAAGUAUGGAGAAAGCACUGUCUCCCAAAGUUCAAUGAUGCCUGAAAAAACAAGUCAUGACACUUUUGAAGGAAUGCGAACUUUAGCCACAGCAUUAAUAGAACCAGAUCCAAAAGCAUUACUUCUUACAACUGAGCCCCCCAAAUCACCUGUGACUGUCUAUUUACUCAAGAAAGUUUCUGAAUACCCUGAAGAAAUCAUGCCAAGCACUUCAUCAUCCACUGAUUCAGAUAAGAGCAGUUUUUCAGAAAUACAAACCUUUAAAGAAGCUAGUGCCGACAUGGCAGCAACUUACAAACCUGCCAUGAAUCAGUCUUCAGAGAUUUCGUUAUCAUCCUCAUCUGAGUUGGAAGUAGAGAGCAAGAUCACUGAAAGCACAACUGUUUCCAGUUGGCAGAUAACAGAAAUUAAAGAAGGGCCAACAGAAAUGACAGUUGCAGAAGAAACCAUCAUUUCCAGAGACCCAUUAUCAAGAGAAGCUAAACCAACCAUUACAACUAUAGAAGUUAGCUCAGAAGAAGGAACCUCUCACGAGAAGGUAAAGGAACUAGAUCACUCAGAUGAAAAUAGUGCAGAGGGAGCCUUGCCUUGGAUACAUACCACAGCUCCAUCUAUUCCACAUGAGAGUAAAACAGGUGGCGUAUUUGGUGUUGAUGGGAAAGCUGAUGCUUGGCCUAUUUCAUCCCCACCAUCUAUGGAUACAACUGUGGAGCUCCAGACUGAGCAAGAGCCAGUAACAAUUUCCUCUAAUGCUGCAACUAAAAGCCCAGGGCCCGAAAGCAUUCCUGAUUAUAACGAACAGACAAGGAACACUGAGGAUAUGAGCACAAAUGAACUUGUAACUCUGCCAUUUUUACUUCCGGAUGUUACUAAUGGAUCAGAUUUCCUAGUUGCCACAGGUGGGGGUUCGGUGGAAGGCACAGCGGUUCAGAUACCAGGCCAAGAUCCAUGCAAAAGCAAUCCAUGUCUGCAUGGGGGCACUUGCUAUCCACGCGACUCUUUCUACAUCUGCACUUGUAUGCCGGGUUUCAGUGGUGACCAGUGUGAAGUAGAUGUGGAUGAAUGUCAAUCCAGCCCUUGCAGAAAUGGAGCCACAUGCAUCGAUGGUGUCAACACAUUUACUUGCCUUUGCCUUCCAAGUUACGUUGGGGCUCUUUGUGAAAAGGACACUGAAACCUGUGAUUAUGGGUGGCACAAGUUCCAGGGCCAGUGCUACAAAUACUUUGCUCAUCGCCGCACAUGGGACGCAGCAGAGAGAGAGUGCCGCCUCCAGGGGGCCCAUCUGACGAGCAUCCUGUCUCAUGAGGAGCAGCUCUUUGUGAACCGUAUAGGACAUGACUACCAGUGGAUUGGUCUAAAUGAUAAAAUGUAUGAAAGUGACUUCCGCUGGACUGAUGGCAGUGUUCUGCAAUAUGAAAACUGGAGACCAAACCAGCCAGACAGUUUCUUUUCUUCUGGAGAAGAUUGUGUUGUUAUAAUUUGGCAUGAAAAUGGCCAGUGGAAUGAUGUACCAUGCAAUUAUCAUCUCACCUAUACCUGCAAGAAAGGAACAGUUGCCUGUGGCCAGCCUCCAGUAGUAGAAAAUGCCAAGACAUUUGGGAAGAUGAAGCCUCGUUAUGAAAUCAACUCAUUGAUCAGAUACCACUGUAAAGAUGGUUUCAUCCAGCGUCAUGUUCCAAUCAUCCGGUGCCAAGGGAAUGGCCGAUGGGAUCUGCCUAAAAUUACCUGCAUGACUCCAUCCUCAUUCCAAAGGACUUAUCCUAAGAAAUAUUAUUAUAAACAUUCUUCCCCAGGAAAGGGAAACUCAUUAAAUUCAUCUAAACAUUUUCAUCGCUGGAUCAGGACAUGGCAGGAUUCAAGGCGCUGAAGGCACCCUGGUGAAAGUGGGAUGUUCGCCAUGCCAGCCAAAGUCCUAACUUCCUGUGCCUUUAAAAAUAAAAUAAAAUCAGUUAUAGGAGUAUUACCAAGCAGUUUUGGGAAAGUUAAAGAACUCAGUAUUCACAACACAUAUCAGUGAUUGAUACAAAUGAAAAAAUUGAGAAGGGAGCCAUUUCCAGCCUAUCUAGUAUAUUAAUUUCUAUAUGUCAUUGGUGAGGGACAAUUCACUUCUCUAUCCCAGUGUCCUGUAAUAAUUAAGCUCUUCCAUUUUAGCACCAGUGACAAUGUAAAUAAGAUGAUUUAAUGGUGUCUGUUGUGUUCAAAAACCCUGUAUAUACAAUGAGAUGUCACACUAAGUUCAGGCUUAUUUAUGGCGAUUUGGGCUCAGAGUUCUUUAAUCAUUUAUUUUGUUUGUCUUGAGGUACUUCACCAGGCUGGAAAUAGGUUUAAAUUGCUGUUUGCUCUCUUUUUUGUAAACAUGGGAGAAAACGGCUCUUACAACCUGAAGAUGAACAAUGAAAGUAGCUUCUUGCUUAAGGAACACUGCAAUUCCCCAGCAGCGGUCCAUAGAGAACUGUGCGAUGCGAGAGUUGCACAAGGAGCACGGCAAAUGGGGACAUCCCUGAACAUGGGACUGCAAUGUGGAAUUUGACUAUCGUCCUUUCCAGCUUUGGCACUGACCAAAAGGGACUUGCCUGGAGGACUUCCUUUCUGCCUGUCUGCCUGUCUGUCUGUCUGUCUUUCCUUCCUUCUUUCUUUCUUUUAAUGACAAGGAGGGCCUGUAGGAAUAAUUUAAAAGCGCUAAUACAAUAAAUCUCAACCAGGGCCACUUUUUAAAAAAUGAUUUUUACAACACUAACUUUGGGUCUAUGUUACAGCUCUCUGCAUUUUAAGAUGGAGAUAGAUAGACCUACUUUUUUGUAAAAAAAAAAUUAAAAUAAAAUUAAAAAGUAAAUAAUUUUGUAUAUAUAAAUAUAUAUAACCAUUUUUAAUCCUUUUAUAAAGUAAUGAAUGUUUGUGUAUGAAUGCUGCAGCUGUGAAGCGUACAUAAAUAAAUGAAGUAAGCCAUACUGAUAUAAUUUAUUGGAUGUUCUUUUUAACCUUGAAAUAGCUUGGUAACUUAUUGAGAGCUACCAAACUUACCUGAUGCAUUUGGAAGAACCAGAGUUGGCUUCAAACAUUUUUGACUUGUGAAAAAAAAUUCAAAUAAAUGGGAUCAUUUGUCUGUGGUGAUGUGAAUGAGAGCUGUGACUUGUAUACAAUCAGCAUCUUUACCUGUGAAUAAUAUUUAUGUGCCCAUAGAAAUAUUGUAGAUUUUUCUUCAUAGUAGAUACAAUCAAACAGGUGGGAAGGGGCAAGAUAUUACAAUAAACAAUUCUGUCACAGCCUGGUGAGGUACAAUUGCUACAGAAAAUGGUACUUCAAAGGGCCAAACAGGGUGUUUGUUUCUGAACCCAUCUUAUACAUGGAUGGGUCCAGAGGCAUAUGGGAUUGAUCUGGGAACAGGUAUUGUCCAAUACAGCCAAAAUCGUCUUCCCCUUGCAAUCGUAGCACCACUGGGGGCAGAAGCAAAGAUUUUUCAUGUCAUAUGCUUUGACUUUUAGAGCAAUAUUAUGAAGAAAAAUAUCCUAGUUGUAUCAGUGCAUGUGAAGUUUGUGAGGAAAGUAGAAGGUAACAAUAAGGGCUAGCUCAUAGACUGACCUCUUCAUAAUUGAAUUCUAGUAUGUGUGUGUGUGGGGAGGGUGUACGUGACAUAGCUUUAGUAGUGAACAGACUCUACGUGUGCUCUCACAUGUCAGGAAACUGGCCUUUGAUUGGGGCAACAAGCUGGCUUCACAUAGCAAUUUAUGUGGCACGUAUUUCUUGUGAAUGCAGCCUCAAAUGGUGUAAACUUGUCAGGGCUGGCCCAAGACAUUUUGCUACCUGAAGCAAAGGACAAGAUAGUGCCCUCCUCCAUUCUAUGUGCAAAAAAUGUUAACUGGACUGGACGUUGAGUGUUUCUUCAACACUGGCAAUAGGGAAGCACACCUGAAGGAAUUCAGGCUCAUUCAGAAGGGACAGGAAAAGCCACAUGACCCCCAGCUCACUCCGCCAACAUUUUCUGGCUACUGCCCAACAUCUGCUCUCUGAGGCGACUGCCUCACUCUGCCUUAUGGGAGGGCCAGCCUUGGAAUUUGUAUUUAUCAAGUCAGGGCUAAGUUUUACUUGCCAGGUAUCCUUUUUGUGGUGUUCAGUUUUGUACCACCUGAAGCCUCAUUCAAAUUGAUUGAAUCUCUGUGAGAACAUAAGAUGACCUAAGAGUUGCCAUAUUUAACUGUGUGUGAAUUUGUGGUAGAUUCAUAUGAUCUGUUUUCCUUCUGUGCAAUAACUUUCUGCAAACAAGGAAUUUCCAAGAAAUUGGGCCAUUUAAAAAGGUAGAACAUACACAUUUGUUCAAAUCUGCUGUGGAAAACAUCUGUUUUGUCAAAAGCUAGAGUCUAAGCAGAUCACUGAUAUCCUAUUUCAGAUAUUCCAUUGUGAGGUAUCCAAGUUUCCUGAGGAAAUAUGUACCAGUCUUCCAUGUUUAAACAUAGUGGUGUUUGGUGGUAGUUGGUGGAUACAUUUGCUUAGUAGAGAUUUAGACUAAAUAUAUUCAAGUCUCUAUCCUGCCAUUUUGCUGCAUGUUCACUAACUUCACCCUUACAAAUGGACCCAAAGUUUCCUAGGCUGAGACCAGGGUUUGGGGGCCAGUUUUGUGAAAUGUGAAAUCACAGAAUUGGGCUGUGCCUAAUCAUUUUGGCCUGUCAUGGUCUCUCAUAUGGAGCUACCACUGUUUUGAUCUGUACAUUUCCCUGCUUUCCUAAACGCAGAGUACUUUUUCACUAUUUAUAUCCUAUUUUGUAUAGUGUGUAAUGUGAAUGUUUUGUUUUUGUGAAAGAAAGUUUAGAAACAUUGUUAACUUUUUAUAUUGGCUUCUGGCUCACCAAAGAAACCUUGUUUUGCUCUACUGUGACUUGUCCUGUUUAUUGCAUGUCUUAGAAUUUAAGUCUUUGUAAUGUCAAGUUCUACUGAUUAGUCAAGAUAAUUGAGAACAACAAAUACUGAAAGAUGCAAACACUUUCAUAAUUUUUUUACAUUUCUAAUAAUAACUUUUUAACUGAUUAACCAGGGUCAGUUUUUUGAUAGACUUUUAAUGGGAAAUUGAUUUGACCAUAGUCCAUUAGAUACAGAUGGUUUAUGAAAUCUGUUUUCUAAUAUACCAUAUAUAUAUAUAUAAUAAAUAUUGUGUAAACUGAGAUUAUUCUCAAUAAACAGUAUAUACACGUCAUUUUGUAUAAAAAUA